AAAUCGAGGCUCCUCCGCUUACUCCUAUAGGACAUGUCACGGUCACGAAGACGUUUGGAAACAUGACAUUCACCAUUCUCGAUAUGCACUCGGAAUUCACGUUUACAGCGGAGUUAAAGCCCCCUUUACGCCGGGACAAGCCGAUCGAGAUACUCAGUAUGAACGGGUCCCAUCCUGUAGCCCAGAUAACAAUGACAAAAGAAAAGUCGGCAAAGGCAGUGAACUUCCAGUUUCCCAAAGACAUGGACGCCAAGAUUAAAGCUAUUAUACUGGGAGCUUUCCUGUUUAUGAAUGAAUGUCUAUCCACGACUUCCAGCGAUCAUUCAUCUUCUUCUUCAGAACCCUGGGCCAAUGCUGUAGGUGUUGGACAUUUCGGCAGUAACUGGGGACAUGAUGCAGGCGUUGGUGGAGGCUGUCAUAGUGGUGGAGGCUUUCAUGGUGGUGGAGGCUGUCAUAGUGGUGGAGGCUUUCAUAGUGGUGGAGAUUGGUGAAACGUUUCUCAACAGUUUCUGUAUGCCCAUUUAAGAUAUAUGGUCUAAGUAUUCAUGCUACUUCCUCUUGCCUCUUUUGGCUCCCCUAAACAGGUGUCACUCCAAAUUCUUAGCUGGUAUACCUGAAGGACAUAAUUAUGAUAUUUGCGAAUUAGCCAUGUAGGCUCUGAGUACGGGGCUCGGCCACUCUCUGGCUCCUUUGCUUCUUUUUUCCCCGCCUGCCGCCUGAUCCACCACCACGGACUGGUUCCAACUCCCAAAACCAUUCCCCACCAUCUCCAUAUGGAGAGUUAGACGAAAGCUUCCUCUAAAGAUCUCGAGAGGAUCCCUGAUGUUCUCAAAGCCUUUAAAUCUAAUAUAAGUCAGGUUUCCACGAAGGCAGAUUGUCUCUUUACUUAUUAACCGAUAUUAUUGAGAAUAAAUGAAUGAAAUAAAGUUUAUAUGUUUGGAAUUUU